AUUCGGUCUUUGAUUUGUUUGGGAGGAGUCACAGCCGCUUUUGGGUCUUCUUUACAAAGGAUGAACCGGAGCUAGGUCUGGGAACACUGUGUAACGCAACAUCACGGGAUAGAUUCAAGGAAACACUGACCACGGAUUCUGCUCGGUGUCUUCACUUCGCGUGCUGUUAGGAGGAAACGGCAUCAAAUUUAAUCAAAUUAACUAGCGUACAAUGCGAUAGUGUUGCCUAGAGACUCGGAUAGAGAUCCAGACAGAUUUCAGACGGAGGAGCAAGCCAGAACUAAGCAAGCCCACGGUGCACAGAUCACAAAAAGUUGGAUUCGUGUCGAACAAAAAACAAACUGAGAAGAUGUCCAAACCGAAUUAUACUGGCAUUUACAACAUGGUUUCCCAGGAAAAUUUUGAAGAAUAUCUCGCUGCUUUGGAUGUUAAUUAUGCAUUAAGGAAAGUGGUCUGCAUUCUGAAACCCAGCAAACAUAUUGAGCAUGAUGUGAACACAGGCAAAAUGACGAUUAAGACCGUCACCACCUUUAGGAACUUUGACAUGGACUUCACUUUGGGACAGGAGUUCACUGAGGACCUGGGACCAGUCGAUGGGCGAAAGUGCCAGACCACAGUGGACUGGGACGGUGAUAAAUUGAUCUGUGUCCAGCGAGGAGAGAAAGAGGGCAGAGGCUGGACACACUGGCUAGAAGGAAACCUCCUCCAUUUGGAGAUGAGGGUUCAGGGUGUCACUGCCAAGCAAGUCUUUAAGAAGGCUGAGUGAGGAUGGAGGGAAGAGAGUGAGAGAAAACAGAGGGGCCAUUUGCUGGGGGGUUGAGCUCAGGGUUCAGAAAGAGGUCAUAUCACAACAGUGAUUUGUCUCUGAGCCACAACAAAUAGUGUUUUAAUGGAGACUACAAAUGAUGAAAUUGGUUGACUUUCUAUAAAACUCUUAUCAGCAUUUACAGCAGUUUCCCCUUCACGGCUGCAGUCAAAUCAAAACACAAAGUUCAAAUGAGAUCACAACAAUAGAGCCCUGUUGCCCUCUGUGAACAUUCAGGAGUGGUACUGUAAAAUAUGGAUUCAUGGCACCCUAAUACUGUAUUAUGCAGAUAUGUUUACAGUAAGCAAAAGUAAGGUUUAAAUGAGCCAGUGGUUUAGCUGGUCAAGUACAGCUUGGAAUUCUUUAUUGCUAAAUUACAUUUAAUUUCUAGUGUCCAUCCAAUAAUGGAUUUGUUUUAAUCUGUGUGAUAGGAUUUUGAUUAAUAGCAAUAGACAAACUAAAAAUGUCUAAAAAAUCUGAAACAUGUGGUCUGAAAUGUGUCUGUGUAGUUUUAUUUGUCCACUAACAUUUGUAUUACCAUAAUAUCCUGUUUGUAUGAAUGCAUUUCUUAUAAUAUACUAAUACUGAUGCUACACUAUCUAUCUAUCUAUCUAUCUAUCUAUCUAUCUAUCUAUCUAUCUAUCUAUCUAUCUAUCUAUCUAUCUAUCUAUCUAUCUAUCUAUCAUUAAGUUUUUGUUAAGUUAAUUUUAUUUAGCUUGUAUGCAUUAAAUCGAUCAAAAGUGACAGUAAAGAUAUUUAUAAUAUUAGAUUUGUUAAACUUUCUGUUCAUCUUUCUAUUCAUUAAUUUCUAUUAAUCAUGGUUUUCACAAUAUAUAAUAAUAUGGUUUUUAACAUUGAUACUAAUACUACUAAUAGUAAUAUGUUUCUUGAGCACCAAAUCAACAUUAAAAUCAUUUCCCAAGAA